CACGCCAUUUUCUGUGACGUCACGAGUGAAGUGAGAAAGUAGAAAAACAUUCAUGAGAUAGAGGGAACCAAAUGACUGAGUCAAUGAAUUAUCCGGUGUGAUUUAAUUCUUUAGAACGAUUAAAUAUGCCACUUUUUGGUAAAAAGCAUGAAACGGAUAAGAAACAUUCAAAGGAAUCGGAUGUUCGGAAGAAAUAUGACUUCAAGCGGACCCUGGGAACGGGUGCUUUCUCCGAAGUUUUGCUAGCAGAGGACAAAUCAGAAAGGGGGAAAUUAGUGGCCAUCAAAUGUAUAGAUCGAUGUGGAUUACUAGGCAAAGAAGAAUCGCUUGAGAAUGAAAUUCAAGUCCUUCGAAGACUCAGCCAUCCCAAUAUUGUGCAGCUGCUAGAUGUUUUUGAUGACAAAGCUCAUGUGUACCUAGUCAUGGAACUUGUGACAGGGGGUGAAUUAUUUGAUAGAAUAGUCCAGAAAGGUAGCUAUACAGAGAAAGAUGCCAGCAACCUGAUCAAACAGGUCCUAGAAGGUGUGGACUAUAUGCAUGAUCGUGGUGUGGUGCAUAGGGAUUUAAAGCCAGAAAAUCUAUUAUAUUAUAGUCCAGAUGCUGAUUCUAAAAUUAUGAUUAGCGAUUUUGGUUUAUCAAAAACGGAGGAAUCUGGUACCAUGGCAACCGCCUGUGGCACACCUGGUUAUGUAGCACCAGAAGUUUUAGCCCAGCAACCAUAUGGCAAAGAAGUUGACUGUUGGUCCAUAGGUGUUAUAUCGUACAUAUUAUUAUGUGGUUAUCCUCCAUUUUAUGAUGAAAAUGAUGCAGCUUUGUUCCAACAGAUUCUCCGAGCCGAGUAUGAAUUUGAUUCGCCCUACUGGGACGACAUAUCAGAAUCAGCUAAGGACUUCAUCCGACACUUAAUGUGCAAGAAUCCGAAGCAGAGAUUUACCUGUAAACAGGCACUAUCUUAUCCAUGGAUCUCUGGUAACACUGCAUUAGAGAAAGAUAUCCAUGCUUCUGUCAGUGAACAAAUGAGGAAGAAUUUUGCAAAAACGAAGUGGAAGCAAGCAUACAAUGCCACAGCAGUGAUUAGACAGAUGAAGAAGUUAGCCAUGAACAAAGAUGACCAUAGUCAUCAGGCAGAAACAAAGUCCUAAAUGACUGCCAUUGGUCGUAUUGUAUGUAACUCCUUGACGACCCUUGUGGGGGACUUGAGGCGAAGCAUAUGUGUGUUUUGUGGGGGAUCUACAAGAGUUUCAGAUUGAGGCGUUAAUUUGACAGCGGCACUAUGUAGGGCAGUGAAUGACCUGGUGUAGUAGCAGUUUUGAAUCUCUGUCAACUUGUAGAUUGAGUCUAUUUCAUAUUUAUUGUUACCAAUUUUUGUUACUUAUUUAUAUUCUUAGCAAUUAAACAGAGGGUAAAUGGAACUUAAGGGUCUUCUGUAAAAAAAAAAAAAUGAUCAAAAUAUCUUUAUAACACUUAAUGAAUAUAAUACACUGUAUGAUCUUAAACUUUUCAAGUGGAAUGGGUUAUUUUGAUUGACUGAGUAUUAAAAAAAAACACUUUUUGCACAGCUCUUUGGAAGUAAGAGCACCAUUUUAUUUAUCAAGCUACAUUUUUUUGUUGUUGUCUAUUUUAAUAUAUUACCAAACAGAUGGCCUGAAUACCUUAUUGCACUGCCCAAUAUGUUUGGUACUUUUUAGCACUUCUUGAUAAUGGUGCAGCUGUUGUGGAAUCUUUAGACCGAGAGAAUAAAUUUUUGUGCCGAGCUGUAUAGAUGUUGUUCGGCAUGGUGUAUAAUACUUUUAACUACGACCUGUAGUUGUUAAUACAUUCCUUGUCAGUUGUUGUUGUCUUGGCAUUUUUACACUUGUUGACUUCUUUUUCAUCAUGUCAAUCGCCAGAAGUUGGCCAUUGACUGGCACCGGUAACUGACCUGACUCUUAACUCUGACCAAGACUGUCAUUAUUUAUAUGACUCGGAGAACGUUCAGAGUGGAGGGCAGUUGCUGGUACUUGCUUUGGGUAUUUUUAGUAUGUAUAUCAUUCAUUUUAUGCUAGCUAAUAGUAGAUAAUUUUAUCUCAAGAGCUGUGAUGCACAAAUUUAAAUUGUUUGAUAGAUAGAAGGUUUAUUUUUUAGUUUUCAUUUUUAAUUUUUUUUCUUUAAAAUAGAAUAUAAUAAGUUAAGGCUAAAAAAAUUUUUUAGAAUUGAAAUUUCCACAGGGAAAAUUAGACCCCUUCAGAAUAUUACAAUUUUUUGGACCAAUUCAUCAAAACAAUGUGUUCUUGUACAAUGAUAGUGUGCAAUAUUUUCUGUUUUUGACUUUUUUGUUUGAGCCAAGAUGAAAACCUUUAAAAUUAAUGAUUCAAAAUAAAGCUGUUAUUGUUUGUAAUUCAUUGCCAUAUCCAAAGUUUACAAGCACUGUUUAAGGGGCUGGAUAGAUUUUAUAAAACUAUACUUUUUUGUACCUUAAACAGCUCUUAAUUGUGGAUCAUGAAAUAGUUCAUACUAAUACAUGUACAUGUAUUUCCUAUGCUGACCACCAAAAUUUACACAACUUUUUGUUUCCCUUAUGUUUUCAUAAGAAAUAUUGUUAUUGAUAUUGCAAUUUAUAAGAUAAGUUAAUACUCUGGAAUUAACAAUCUCUAAAUGUAGACAAUCCUUCUUUUAUAUUUUACUCUCAUAUUUUGGAAAUAAACCCACAUAAGCAUGUUAGUUUUAUUUGAUAUUGGAACAAAACAAAUUGUUUGGGAAGGAAAGGUAACUCAUUAAGCUUUUUUUUCUUCAAAUUAUUAAUUUUUCAUCUAUUUUUCAAAAAAAAUUAAAGACUGUUUUCUUUACAGUAUGUGAUAUUUUUUGUGCUGUUAUGUGUAGGUCUUAAGUAGAAAUGUUAUAAAGUAUGGGUGGAGAGUGUAUUUCUGUGAGAGUUGAAUUAAAUUGUAUGUUUAUAGCUUCUCAAAAAUAGAAAUUUUCUCUCUUUGUUACCUUGUGGUGUACGUCCAACAAUUUUACUGUUUAUUGCUAAUUAUUAGAAAAUUGAAUUCUGAUGAUUAUGUGUUAUUGUAUGAAACACCAUACUUUAAGUGUUUUAAUGAAACAAGUAUUAAUAUAAAGUUCUAGUUUUUAAUCAAGUAUUAUAAAUACUAAUACAUGCACUAAUAAAUGACAGCGUAUAAAGUUGAAACAACAUGAAAAUAAAAAUGUUGUACUAUAUUUAGUUGAAUACAUGUAUUGAUAGAUGAUAUUAACAUAGGAAUUUUAGAUUUAUAUUAUGAAACAAUGAAAAUUACAUUUUGUUAUUAUUCAGCUUAUAGUGUAUUGCUUACAUAUUUAUGGAAAGAAUCAAAGUCUUGGGAGGAAUUAGACAUAACAUGUCUGUGUGUUUGACAAAUCAAAUUUCACAUAUAUGUGCAGCAUGUGUAAGAUAAUUGGUAGUGUAGGCAAGCCAAUGCUUUACGUGUCGCGAACAUUUUGAACAAAUUUAUUGUUGUAGCCUUUGAAAGAGUUUUUUUCAAUCAAUUUAUCAAUUUUCUAACAAUUUUUCCUAUUGAUGUGUUGUCAUAUUUAUUUAUUGUAAUCUUGUGUAUUUAUUAUUGUAAAACAUUGAUAUUCCAAAAAAUACCUAAUUAAAUAUUAUUUUUCAAAACUUUA